AUGUCUGAUAAUAACCCUUUUAAUCAUGAUUAUGCAUUUCCUUUCUUUGGUGAAAAUCCCUCAAUUUAUGGUAAUCAAGCCAAUAACACACAAAACCCUCAUCAUAAUCAUCAUGAUUUUGACUAUUCUUCAUCUUAUAUGAGUAAUCUCACAGAGUGUUUACAUGGAGGGUCAAUGGAUCAUUACAACACUUUGUCAAGUGCUUUUGGGAUGAAUAAUUGUUCAUCAUCCUCUGAAGUUGUUUGUCCACAACCAUCAAUAGAUCAUCAUCAAGAAUGUUCUAGAAAGAAUAUUAAUAGUGUUGAUAAUCAAAUUCCAUUAACACCUAAUUCAUUAAUCUCUUCAUCUUCUAAUAGUGAGGCUGGUGGAUGUCAUGAAGAAGAUUCUUCAAAAAUCAAGAAAGAUGAUGAUCAGUGUGAAUUAGAUGGAGAUGAUGAUGAUGAUGAUAAUAAGUCUAAGAAAGUGGGGAAAUUGGCAAAGAAGAAAGGAGAAAAGAAACAAAAGGAACCAAGAUUUGCAUUUAUGACCAAGAGUGAGAUUGAUAAUCUUGAAGAUGGCUAUAGAUGGAGAAAAUAUGGUCAGAAGGCAGUGAAGAACAGUCCUUUUCCAAGGAGUUAUUAUAGGUGCACAAGUCAAAAGUGUAGUGUGAAGAAACGUGUUGAAAGAUCAUAUGAAGACCCAUCAAUUGUGAUCACUACAUAUGAAGGCCAACAUAACCAUCAUUGUCCAGCUACUCUUAGAGGAAAUGCUGCUGCUGCUUUAUUAUCUCCAUCCUUUUUAUCCUCCACACAACAACAAUUAUAUCAUAAUCCAAAUGAACAACAAAUUUUCUAUAAUCCAAAUAUUCCUAUAAAUAAUUCCUUCUAUAAUAAUAAUUAUCAUCAACAACAACCUCAAUUAGGCCCUGACUAUCAAUAUGGACUAUUUCAAGAUAUGGUUGCAUCAUUGAUCAACAAAAGAGAGCCAUGAGCAUUUAGUGAAGUACUAAAACAUUUAAUGCAAUUUUAUGACUUUAUAUGUAUUGAUUAUGAUGAUGUUUUAAUUUAUUCUUGUGUAAUUAAAAAUUGUGUAGCUAAUUAACUAGAACUAUAUAUAGUCUAGUGUCUUAAGUAUCAGUCUUGGAGCAACGAUAAUAUUGUAUUUUUGUCGUAUAUAUGUCACAGGUUCGAGUGAUAUAUAUAUAUAUAUUAAUUUAGGUGACCCUUUUUCGAACCCUACGUAGAUGGGAUGUUUUGUGUACUGAACUGGACUGAAUGUUUUUUUUUUUGUGUGUGUUGCGUGUCAUAGUUUGGAGGAGAUGGGUUGAAGGAUAUAUGGUUUUAUUUUUAGUUAUUUGCAUGUGGGAUGAUUAACCAUUUAUAUUAAAUGAAGAUGCUUAUUUUUUGAUGA